AUGCACCAAAUAUUGCAGAGUUCUCUCAGCUUCUUUGAGGAUGGAGCUCAGGCAGAGCGUAAGCUUCUUUCCCUCAUAUCAGCGUUCACCGAAAUGAUCUCCCGCCUCGAUGACCCGUCAGAUGUUUAUGAGACGACAAUCACUUGUGCCUCGCUCUUUUUCCAGCUUCCCUGUCCCAACGCAGGAAGGGCCCUGGUUGACCUCAUUCUUGCUCCGUUGCUGCAGAGGGUGCAAUUUACUCGGGAUUAUGCCACGUGGAUUAACGCUUCCGUUCGUGAUGGUUUGGCCUGCAAUCUAAAACAGCCAGCGAACCGCUUCAGAUUUCUUGACCCUGAUAAUGUUUUCGAUAUUUUAAUUUUGGCUGCCACACAGGCAAUCUCUGAUAAAAUAAUAAAUAAGAAAAGGGAUUUAUUUAAAAUUUGUGACAUUCCCCCUGAAAACAGAAUAGUGAUAAUUUAUUUCUAUGGAGUUCUAUUUUCCAAAUCUACAUUUCUGCGGGGAGUCUGCAAGCAGAGUUCACCUCAGCUAUCGGAACAAUUGACAACUAUUUACAACACUACCUAUGUACGGGGACUGCAACAGAUGCUCACCAAAUCAUGUGAGGUGAUUGAGGCUAUUAGAGGCACCGUUGCAAGGCUCUUCUAUCAUAUGGCGUUACUUAAUAUUGAUAUGAUCUCAACUGUGCUAUCUCUUAACCCUCUAAUGAACCUCUUACACAGUAUGCAGUCCCGGUGCGGAGGGUCAGCGCCCAGCCAUAGAGGAGACUUGGAGGCUCUUUCGGUGCUUUGCAAAGAUAUCUGUGUUUAUGCACAGUCAUGCCCGGCGUCACUACUCAGCGCUGUCAGAGACCGCUAUGUGUCAUACUUCUCAUCAAUCCCAUUCACCAGUGUUCCGCCACCUCUACGUCCGUUUCUGCUGGACGAUUCAGGACCCCUCUACCCGGCCAUUGUGAUUAGAGGAGAUGAUGAGGAUGAGAGCGCCUACAGAGUGCGUCUGUUUGCGCCUUCUGACGUCAUCAGUAAUCUUCAAACGAGCCCUUUUCAAGCCCAAGGAGAGCAGCUUUACACAAGCAUCAUGGGUCAGUACUCCUUCCUGAUACACUCUCGCCCGUUCCCUACCAUUGCAAGCAUGCCCCAAAUCCUGCCCUCUGCCCGCUCUCCCGAAGGUGCCCCGUUAGGCCUAUUCACUGCAGCAAUCCUAGGAGAGGCUCGAGCAUUUACUUCUUAG